GUUGCCGUUUAUUCACCUUGGACUCGGUGAAUGUGUGCCGAAAAUAUUCGUUUCUAUUUGAUUUAUUGUUAAGCAUUGGUCUGUCAAAUCAUUGGUGCAUAUUGAAUUGGUGGGAUUUUCGUCGUGUACAAAAGGCAAUGCAUGCACAUUACUCGCAAAUGGUGUGGUUUCGUCGGUUGUACAUCAUGUUUUCGCGUUAUAUGGUCAUAAAUACGUUGCGUGAGAUUCAACUAUCCGAUGCGGAGCUGGAGAUGCAAAUCGAUUCUCUGCAAAAGACCAACUGAUCUGAUGAAAGGUGAUGACACCACGAUCAGAACACUCAAGUGAUGACGAACGCCACAACCAAAACCAACACAAACACCAAAAAAAAAAUUCAAUGGAGAAACAAACCAACAAAACAAUGCUUUAUCUCUUUAGCAAUAAUAAUCAACACACAAAAUCAAUGUUAUAAUGUUUAGAUGAAGAACAUUUUGUUCGUAGAUGAAAAUACUUUACUAGACAUUUAAGAGGGCAAUAAUUACUUUAACCGCUACUCCCCCUGGUGAAGCAACAACCAUUAUACGUUUCAAUCUAGUCCAUGGACACAAUCGCUUUUUUUUCUCUCAGAUUUUUUUUUCAAUUUAAUAAUUUUUUUUUUUCGUUUCUUUUUGUGUAUAAGCAUUUUUCAGUUUUUGAAUUGAAGCAAACAUAUUUUUGAUAACGAAACAUGUUAGGAAUUUAAUUAUGGAAUAAAUGUUGAAUGGAUGAAAUCUAUGGAAUUCAGCGGUUUUUGUACAUCGAAUCAUUUAUUUUUGGAAACGUUUUGUCAUCAUUUUGACCAUUUUCAGCUGUUCCUGUCAAUUUUUAGCCUUUUGGUUCAAUUUGCAGUUUUUGUUCGUAUCAAAUGCCAUUUUUUGAACAAAUCUCAAUUUUUCGUACCAUUUUCCUGAUUAUUCAUCAAAUUUCGAAUAUUGUAUCGAUUAUUACCAAUUGAAAUGAAAAAGAGAAUUGUUGGUACUGUUCCAUACAAUAAACAAACCCAUAAUUUCAUCAAAAAUUAUGAUAUCCCAACGACCGUCGCAAUUACAGUGUAAAAACAUCACAGUGACAAAUCAAAUAUGAUUUUUCUCACGUAGUCCAUUUGAGAAUGUGCCAAAAAUAUGUUGGUGGCGCCCUCCGUUCAGUCACAUUCUCUCUCUCUCUCCGCAUUCUCUCUUACAUUCAAGUGACAAGUAAAUGGCUGUCAAAGCAGGGCAACGAAUACGAAGAAGAAGAAUAAAAAGAAGAAGAAGCUGAGAAGAAGGAAAAAAAAAUUCAGUUUUGCCAAACAGUUUCAAUUGAUUGCACACACAUACACCGUCGAAGUAGCAAAUUCCGAUUAAAACAGGCCAAUUUUAAUGCUGUGUUUGGUGUAAAAUUAGUUGAAUCGCUUACUGAAAAGUGACGAAAUAGACGUGACGAAAAAUAAAAAUCGAAUUAAAUGAAAUAUCCAUCGGAAUGUAAACGCAAUUAUAUUCAAGUCUGGGUAAGCACCGAAAAUUUCUUGUUGCAAUUAAACGUCGUGAGUGGAUUGUGUGUGAGGCGAAACAGUGUGUGUUAGUAAAAAAUAAAGGGCGAAAAAACGAAAACAAAACGGCAACAACGAUGAAUGUGCCACUGAAAAAGCGGCACAAUUAUGGCAAAUUGAACGGAAGCGCCUCGUCGCUCAACGAACCGUCGGCAAAACGUUUGCAUUCGACACAUUCAAAUGACGACGACGACGACGAUGACGAUGAAGAGUACAGCGAUGAAGAGUAUGAAGAGGAGUCGUCAAAUAUGGACGAAAGUCUACAAAAUGGACCGGCUACUUUGGGAGCCCUCACUAUUAAAGACCAAGGUGUCAAGAGACCGUUUCAGUAUUUGAGUAUCGAAGAUAUGGCGGUGCCAGGCGAUAUUCAUGAUGAUAUCGAUAAAAUACAAAGCUCAUCGUCAUCAGUCAUUUUGAGCUCAUCUGCAUCGAAUCAUGAUUCAUCCGAACGCAUCCCGGUUGAGAGCAGCAGUAGUAGUAGUGAAAGUGACAGCAGUGGUAGUUCACGUUCGUCUAACAAUGAAAACAAUAGCGAAGUGAGGAGCAUUUGUGAUCCACUCACCGAAGAAGCAUUAAUUCAACACAAUGCCGAAUUUGAGGCGAUGAACUCCAAGGAACGCAUCGACUAUUGGAAUAUUGCUGAUGAGUUCAGCGAAAUCGAAGAUGACUUUGACGAUAAGAAAUACUUUUCCAAGCCAAUUCGAUCGGAAAGACUGCAAAAGCGAAUGUACACAAAGCCGGCGCCGGUAUUUUUGUCGUCGCGAAAAUCAAAAAAAGAGGACAAAUCCCGCAAGACUGACGAAAAACCAUCGAAUUCAACGAAAAAAACGAAAGCAGACACAAAAGAAGCGAAAAAAACUCCACCCAAAGUGACACCAAAAAAGAAUGAAAAGCCACAAAAUCGAACAACAGCUAAAGAAAAGUCGCAACCACCACCGCCACCAGUAGCAUCAGUACCAGCGCCAGCAGCUACACCUACUGUUGAGCCGCCGACCAAACCGAUUGUCGUCGAACGAAUGUCAGCUAUUGUAGUGCCGGUGGUUCGACCGAUGCAGCCCCUAGUCAAUAAUCGUAUUGUCGAAUCGAGACCGGCCAGUGAGAUUCCUUCAGCUAUAAAAUUUCGUGUCAGCUAUGUCAAAGACACAUCUAUUCGUUCGAACAGUUUUAAAACGCCAACAACGCCGAAUACAUCGCGGAUAAGUGACGGUGGCUGUGCCAAUUGUAGCAAACAUUCAAGAUUAAAUGAUUCAUUUUUAACAACAUCGUCAUUACCACCACCACCAGCUACCCAUCAUAAUCAAGAGGAAUUUUACAAGUAUUUAGGCAUCGAUACGAAUCCAUCGCAGGAGAAAUCAUCGCCGGAACUCAGUCCAAACGAUGCCAAUUCAUUGUACAAUCAUCGGCGAUCGUUGCGUGUAUUCGUCCAGCAGAAACAGGGAAAAUUUACGAGGGCAACCAAUGAAAAAUCGCCAAGAGAUGAUAAAUCACUGGACAAAGCAGGCAUGCGAUCGCCCAUGGUAAAAUCGUACACUUCAAAUAGCGACUCAACGAAUGUAUAUAAUCACAAGCAGCAAACACCGGAGAAUGGUAAACUACGUGAUGAACAAACGCCGAAUGGAGCAAUGAAAUCGAUCUCAAGCCACAUCAAACAACGACACUCGUACGAGCCACCAUCAUCCGAUGGUGAUGGCAGCAGGCCGAACAAUGAACCAAGUGGAUCAAAUAACAAUUCAUCGCUUAAAGAGACUGACACUGAAUGUGAUGCAACGAAAGAAAAUGCAACCGAUUCGAAUCGAUUUGGUGACGGAAGUGGUCCAUCGAAGGUGGCACGUGUACAGAAACGCAUUGUAUUGCCCAGCCCAAUGAUGUUAACCAAAAUGUUUGAACGAUAUAAACAGUGUUUCAAACAAGGGUUUGCGAUGCGACAAGGAUAUGCAAGACGUAAGUCAACAUUCAAAAAACGAUCGUCGAAUAAUCUUCAGCCGAAGGAAACUUCAACACAGGAAGAAAAUGCAGAGAAACCAGCCGAAAUAAAUGGUGAACAUAGCACAGAUGAUACACCUAUUACCACCUGCGAAGAAUUGAUUAACACAUUUUCACCCACAUCAAUCACACAUUCAAAUGCAUCCACCGACAGUGCGAUUGUGAUCAAUUCUAAUAUCAACGACAUGACACAGCCAACCGUCACAUUGGAUGCAUCGAAUUCGUUGCAAUGGCAACAGGAUCUGGCCAACCACAUUGAUAAAUCACAAUUUCAGAAUCCAUUAGAUCCAAAACACGGUGCCAUCCUUGCAAUUCUCACACAUUCAGUAUCACCCAAUCACGAUGAGGUUAUUGUUGUCAUUCAACAAUCACAAAUCAGCUACUGGUAUUCAACGUCAAAGGUAUUGGGCAUGUUUGGAGUCGCUCGAUCUUGGAUGAAAAUCGGCGAUAUAACACGCGUUCAAGAAGACAAAGAAAUAGAUGCCCUGUAUCAGAACCGGUUGAUCGAUCUCGGUGAACAGUUUCCUGUUUACGUUGAAAUGCGUGCAAAAGAGUCGGGCCCUAAUGAAUUUCGUCAGUGCAACUUGACCUUUGUCUACGUCAACGUGUAUUUUGUCAAGCCAAACGCCGACGGUCAACCGGAAAUCGUAACGGAACGUGUAAAUUUAGAUACGAUCAAAGGGUACGCCAAUUCGAUCUAUUACACAGCGCUGAGAACAUCACCAAGUGUGCUGAUGACAUGGACCGAACAGAAUGUUAACAAUCAAACUAGGUGUAGCAUCGUAAAAUACACACUUAAAACACCAUCACUUGACAAUAUCGACGACAUUUUCGACUAUUCCUACUUGCAACACGACAUCAACACUCUUUAUGCCAUCAAUGAUUACCAUGUUGUUGGAUGUGGCGAUAGAACUGUAUCAAUGUGGGACCAUCGAAAUGGUAAUCUGUUGAUUGACAUUGAAAUUGAACUACCCACCAUUGGACGUAAUAUUGCUUGCUAUACGGUCGGUGGUGGUGAUGAUGUUCCCGACUACAUGUUGUUGAUUCAAUUAGCGUCUGCUGAGAAUGGCGAUGAACAAUUAAAAGUGAUGGCUGUGCAAACUAUCCAUCCAUACAAUUGGCGAACACUUCAAACACACAACAUUCCGAAUUGUUAUGGAAAAAUUCGUUCGAUAUUCAACCAAGACGAUAUGUUGAUGAUAACCUUCAUUAAUGGAGCGAUGAUGUAUUUGAAUAUUUCAUCGCCGCACAAAAUCUACAUCCGUAAUGUUACAAACGAGCAAAAGAAGUCAGGGCCGCAAAUGAAUGGCAUCAAUCAGGCAAAGAGUGGUUCAACCAAAGCGGGUCAACUCUUUGCUCAAUGCAACGGACAAAUAAUUGAGAUUGUUAACGAUCGAGUGGUCACGAAAUCGGUGUGGGAAUAUUUCAUCGACAAAGACUAACCAUCGCCCCCAACAAAAAGAUAAUCCAUUUAGCUAUAAUGGAAAUGAUAAAAUUGUGAAUAAUAAUUGAUAGCAUUUGUUUUUUCCUCGGUGACGCUCCCACCAAAAAACGUCGAUAGAAAAAAAACUGCUAAACAAGAAAAGGAAAAAUCGAUAGGAGAAACGCAAACUAUUUCAAAAAUAUUCAAUUGUGAGUUUUUUUUUCUUUAUCAUCGGAACGAUUUUGUUGACGUGCCUUUUGCAAUGGCACAUUGAAAAAAAAAACCAUUUAUUAGGUUAGAUCGCGACGCGCGGAUUUACUAAGUGAUUCUACAUAGAAUAGAAAAAUAAUGUGCUUAGGAAUUAUAAUCAGAGGCAAAAGUUGUAACCAGUAACAUUUAUUGCACUAUGGAAGGUAUCUAAAAAGAGCGAGAGAAGAAGAAACACAAAAUAACACGUACAGAAGGAAAAUCAAUCUAUUUAAAAAUUCAAUAAAAUGCUAUAUUAGAAACGGUAAA